AUGAAUAAUAAUAUUAAUAGUACUUAUAAUAAUAAUAAUAAUAAUAAUAAUAAUAAUAAUAAUAAUAAUAAUAAUAAUAAUAAUAAUAAUAAUAAUAAUAAUAAUAAUAAUAAUUCCAAUAAAGACAAUUAUAAUGGAUAUAAAACACCCAAGAUCCAAAACCAAAUAGUAAACCCUCAAAAUAAAAAGAAACAAUAUAUUGAAGGAAAAGCAUCAACAACACCUUUAUCAACUUCACCAACAUUAAAUUCAAAAUCAUCAUUUAAUAAUAAUAAUAAUAAUAAUAAUAACAAUAAUAAUAAUAUUAAUAAUAAUAAUAAUAAUAAUAAUAAUAAUAAUAAUAAUAAUAAUAAUAAUAAUAAUAAUAAUAAUUUUUCAGAAGAUGAUGAAUAUUAUAGUGAUGAUAAUCAAAAUAAUCAAAAUAAUCAAAAUAAUAAUAAUUGUGAAGAUUCAGAAUUAAAUAUUGAAGAAUAUUCAAAUAUAUUUAAAAAAUUAAAACAAGAGAAUAGUUUUAAUGAAAUUAUAAAUUUUACAGAGAGGGAAAUUUUGGUAUUAUGUGAAGUUUGUAAACAUUAUUUUAGUGAUUUCAAAAAGAAUAAAUUCAAUAAUUUCGAUAAAUUAUUAUUAUAUUUAGCAUUUAGUAAAGCAGGAUCAAGCACAACACACAUUAGUAAAAUGUUUAACGUUACUCAAGUUACAAUUAGUCGGGUUGUACAAAAGAUACGUAUUGUAAUUGAUCAACUUUCAAAAAGAGAUUUACCAUUUGAUAUAUUUAGACCAUCAGUUAAUGGUAUUAAUAAUAAUAAUAAUAAUAAUAAUAAUAAUAAUAAUAAUUCAAAUAAUAUUAAUAAUAAUAAUAAUAAUAAUAAUAAUAAUAAUAAUAAUCAAAAUAAUUUUAAAAUUCAAAAGAAUCCAUAUCAUAUUGGUUUAAUAGUUGAUUGUAUCACUAUUAAAACUACAAUAGCAGAUUCAAAGAAAAAGGAAUACUUUGAUCCAAUUAAUAACAUAUAUGGCAUUAAAUUUAUGGUUGCAGUUCAAUUCAGUUCACCACAUUAUUCAAUUUUUGUUUCUGCACCUUAUCUUGGUUCAACACCUGAUCUAACCAUAUUUAAUCAACAAAAACAUAAUCUAUUAAACUAUCUUCAAAAACAAGAUACACCUUCAGAAAUUGAUCAAACUGGUAAAUUUAAAUCAUGGGCAAUUUUAACUUUAUUCGAUCCUCAAACAGGUUCCUCAUUACCUUAUUCAAAUUAUUAUAAAAAUGUUAAUGGUAUGGUUCAAAUAGUUAAUCAAAAUCAAAAUCAAAAUAAUCAAAAUAAUCAAAAUAAUCAAAAUAGUCAAAAUAAUCAAAAUAAUAACAAUCAAAGUAAUUAUUGUAAUAAUAAUAGUUUACCAUCUAGUGCAACAACUACACCACCAUUAAAUUCACAAAAUUAUAAUAAUAGUAAUAGUAGUAGUAGUAGUAAUAUACAGGAAUAUACAAUGACGACGACCAUGAUGACGGCAACGACGGCCACAAUGACAACUACUACAACUACAAAUACAAAUUCAAAGUGUAUUGAUGAAAUGAGAAUAAUAAAUAUAAAUGAUAAUUUAAAAGAAUUUGAAUCACAUAGGAUGACAAUUGAUAAAUAUUUUGGUAGAUUAUAUGGGUUAUGGGGAAUUACUGGUAAUUAUCGGUUGGAUCAACGUUUCAUUGAAAUCGAUUUUAAAAAUUUACAAUGGUUAACAAAUGUUCAUAUUCAAAAGAAAGAUUUAGAUAAUGACGAUUUAACUUUUUUUUAUCAAUUUAAAAAGAAUUUAUUUGAAUCUGAUAAAAGAAUUACAAAAAGUAGAAAAAAAGAUAAAAAAGUAACAAGUCCACAACAAAGAAGACAAUCAAAUAGAAAUCAUGAUAUUAAUAAUAAUAAUAAUAAUAAUAAUAAAAAUAAUAUUAAUAUUAAUAUCAAUAAUAAUAAUAACAAUAAUAAUAGCAAUAAUAAUAAUAGCAAUAAUAAUAAUAAUAGCAAUAAUAAUAGUAAUAAUAAUAAUAAUAAUGGAAAUAGUGAUGGAAAUAAUAAUAGUGAUAACAGUAAAUAUAAUAUUAAUAAUAUUAUUAAUAAAAACAACAUCAAUAAUAAUAAUAAUAAUAACAUAUCUUCAUCUACAACCACCUCAACUUCAACUACAUUUCAAAAUCAUUCAUUUGAUGAUGAAGAGUAUGAAGAUGAAUCAUAUGAUACCUCUGAAUAUGACGAUGGUGAAUUAAUUUUUGAUGGAGAUGAUGAAGAUAAUAAUUUUAAUAAUAAUUAUAAUAAUAAUAAUAAUAAUAAUAAUAAUAAUAUAGAAACAAAUAGAAAUAAAAAUGAUGAUCCUCGUGAAGAUACUGGUCCAUUUAAAAAAAGAAAAUUUUAG